CAGAGGGGGUGAGGAGGGGAGAGUGUCAUCGGAGGGAUCAGUCGUAGAAUAUACUUUUGAUGAAGGAUCUGCUAUAAGGAGACACUUAAGUCAUCACUGGGAAGUCCAUUGUCCAGGAAUCUACACUAUAGAAGUCUCUAUAAAGGGGGUUUCUAAUAUCAGAAAGAUUUGGUGUUAGGGGAGGGGCCACUCGUAAGGUAUAGUAUUGGGAUAGGCUGGCUAAGGUGGGACCUCGUCGCAGAAUAGGAGGUGUAUAUUGUGGGAUCUGGUGAUUGAGGAUCUACUACCAGGAUAGGUUUAGGUUUGGAGAAAUCGGAUGGUCUUCACUCAUUGGGCAAAGUGAGGCCACGCUGGAGGUUUGCAGGGCUGCAGUGUCAGGAAUAUAAAUUUUAGGAAGAGAUCCGGGAACAUCGUAGGCUGGGUAGGUUUUCGCUUUUAUAAUUAUUACAGCCAAAAAAAAAAAGAGGUCAUGUUCUGGCGUGCUCAGGGCAUAGGCCGGGUGUAAUUAUAGGUGGAUUAAGGAAUAAUUGUUGUCAGUUAUUAGAACUGUCGCAUGUAAAGUAAGGGAAGGAUUAGAAAAAAAUAGAUUAUUUGAGGCUGGUAGAUAAAAGUAAGUUCUGAGCCGGGCAUACACAUUAGGUUCAAAGGGAGAAACGUAGUGAAUAAUUUACCAAGCCAAGUUGUGGAGGUGCCAGCUAUCUAUCUGAGGGGAUCGUGCAAACUGAACGCCUGCAACAUUCGUUGACUUUUUUUGCGCUUCUGCCGGAUCCGUUGUCGGUAGAUCCAGGGAAUGUUGCGGAGAGACUCGGGAGGAACCUUGCUGUAUCUGAGUGCCGACUGCGUACCUUGGCUUGCGGAGUUGGAGGAACUACUAAGCAAAGUUUGAUUUACAAUUAAAACCAUGAGUGGCGGCAAUGGAGAGUCCUCGGCUACUUCAGCAAGAAGGAUGCCUAGGGAGGACGUCGUCGUGGCGGGAGAUCCAUCGCAGAAUGAAGAGGAGGACAUGAGAUACCUAGAGGCCGACCUGCAUUGUAGACUGAAUGAAUGGGGACCUGUACUUAUUGCGGGGCAGCGACUUCUGGUGUGGGAGAGACCCCUGCCUAGCCUAAUAACAGCUGCUGCUGUCCAUGGAGUGUUUUGGUUGUUCUCAUACUUGUCCCCGCGACCUGUAUUUCUGGUCAGCUUCUUCCUCCUGUGUAUCCUGGGGGUGCAGCACUGGAAGAUCUGGCUACUUCAGUACUGUAAAGUUCAGACUCGGGCAGAACCAUCUGGUGACAGUGAGACGCUGGUUUCUGCAGGAGGCUCGAGUCAGCAUCGGCUGCUGAGUGUGCGUGAGCUGUGCCAUUACCUGGCUGAGACUUGGCUCACCUGCCAGCAGUACAACCAGGAACUGCUACUCUACAAAAAGCAGAACCCGGGGAAGUUCUGUGCCAUGGUGUGUUCGUGCUGUGCAGUGCUGGCUGUUGUCGGACAUUAUGUUCCGGGCAUUAUGAUUUCCUACAUAAUACUACUCAGCGUCCUCUUGUGGCCACUAGUGGUAUACCGGGAGCUGAUCCAGAGGCUGUACACCACUCUAGAACCUGUUCUGAUGAAGAUAGAUUAUACUAUGAAGGGGGAGGACCUGCCUCGCUCACACAAGAGGAGACAAGUAAAAAAGGAACAGGAAGAAGGAGCGGAGCCUACAGCAGAGACAGACAGUGAGAGUGAGAUUGAGCUCUCCGGCUUCUCUCCAGAGAUGGAUGUGCGGCUCACAGCCUUGGCUCUUUCUAUUACUGACUCUGAGCUGUCAGAUGAAGAGGCCUCUAUACUGGAGAGUGGAGGGUUCUCCGUAUCCAGAGCUACUACACCACAGCUGACCGACGUGUCAGAAGAUUUGGACCAGCCGAGCGCUGUGCCCGAAGACACUGUUCCUGCCACUGGUGCCACUGGUUCUCCACGCUGGUUGGGACACCAUACAGGAGACGGGAAACGCUUGCCAACUGCUGAGACCUCCCUUUUACCGACUCAAACUCUGUCCCUGAGCCUAGAAGAGUUGUUGCCCACGCUGACCUCCCCGCUUCACUUUGUCAACACUCAUUUCAAUGGAAAGGGCCAACCUGUAGGACUGGAGCUUGAAUUCCAGGCCCGGAGCAAGGAAGACACCCUGCAGAGCCCAGUAGCACCUCAUGGUCGUCCGGCACUGUCACGUCCCGAAAGUCAAGAAUCCGGAGACGGGGAAGAUUUCGAGCUCCUGGAGCAGGGAGAGUUGGAUCUGCUGGAAGAGGAAGCAGAGGAAGCUGAAAAGCACCUAGCUGCCAUUAGUUCCUCUUCACCAGCUUCUUCUCAUCUACAGCCAGAAGACACGGCUUCUGGGCCAGAGAAGCACUAGAGAAAGCUUUGUCUUAUUUCCUCGUAUUCUUCUCUGGCACUCAAAGUUUAUACACCGCUGUACAUGCUGCCCCCUGUGGGAUGAAAGCGGUGUUUACACACACCGGGCAUUGGCUAAAAGCACAGAAUAUCACCAGUUUUCUCUAAGGAGGAAUGGUUUCUAAUCCAAACAAUCCACCUCUGCCUUUUUAAUUUAACCCCAUGAAUUUGCAUAUAGUGUUAUUACAUGCCUGUUACAUAUGAUUGUUCUGUUUUUUUUUUUUUUUUUUUUUUACAAAACCCACAAUAAUCCAGCCAGCCGGCUUCGUGACUGGGAACCUCACCAACCCAUCAAUUUGGUGAUCUGACUUGGUUUCACGGUAGAGUGUUGUGCUGGCUCCAUUGGGUUUUAUUCUGGCUAUUGAUUAUCAAGUUCUGUAGGUAGUGUCCAUAAAUUAAUUCUCAUAAAUAUUCCUCCUGUAUUCAACUAUUUAAUGAGAAAAGAGGCCAAAAAAAA